UGCCCCACAAUCAUCUUCGUUCUGUGUUUUGCCACCCAAUAUAUCACCUAUUUGUAACACCACAGCCUGCUGCUCAAGUAUCUCCCUAGUUCUAGAUUGUCUGAGAUAUGGCUACACCCGCAACUCGUCCUCAGGCCGCACCGACUGCGGUUGCCUCCUCUGGACUUGAAUGGAGGAGCGGAGGGGGCCGAGCUUCUGCUCGUGGUGGCGCCAGGACUGUCUCGCAUCCAGGGAGAUCUCGACAGGGGGAGAAGCGUUCACCACAACGCAAUAACAAAGAGGAUGCCGAGCAUACAGUACCCACGCAGAAGAAAUUCGGGAACUCUGCGCUGUUAGCUCUCCCGGCGCCGCCUAGCAAACAGAGGCCAACUCCAACCGACAAGGCUCCUGCGAAGUCACCGAACCGACAAAGCUCGGCUGCAGCAGACAAAGCGCCCGCACCACCCAAGGAGGCCUCAAUAGAUAAGGCCGCCGCACCACCUGCUGCUACAAAGGCUGCCAGGGGCAGACGUGGCUCGCGUCUUUCUGCAGCGGUCCCUACCCUAGUCAUCGACCCUUCUUCACCGGUGACUCCCAACCCUACAUCUUCUGCACAGCCUGCUCCUCCUAUGACUGCUCCUUUACCAGCAACACGCACGACCUCACAGCGUGGGCGCAGACGUCCCCGAAAUCACAACAGGACCGCAUCCUCGCGUAGCUCAGUGUCCGUUCAAGACGACCCUAUACAAGUACCAACCAGUGCUGCACCUUCCUCUUCGCUGAAGCAACCCCCUCCCCACUUAGUCGCGGCACCUGCCUCCGCAGCGCCCGACAUACCAUCGUUCUCUCAUAAGGUGGACAACUUGGUUGACCGUAUGCGAGCCAUGGCUACGAGCCGUGCAUCGUCGCCUGGAAGCCACCAUGAUUGGGCUGAAGACGACGAGGAUGAUACUCUUCCUGACUUGGACGACUGGGGUUACACAACCAAAUCGGCGAUCAGCGUGGACGAGAAGAUACCAGACCAUUUACCGGAAGCGAUAUCGCCUAUCCUUCAGAAUGAUCUCAGGCCACUCCCUGACCCUGCAGAACUGAUUGGCGAGCAAGUCUUGUCCCCGGUGACGGAAGAUGUCCGCGACGAAAGGAACGCCGACCUACCAGCGAACGACGCUAAUUUGACGACCACUCCUGUUGCUGUGUCCGCAACCGCACCAACACCCGUCACCUUUUCGGCCGCUGCUAGCAAGGAGCACCCCCAGGUGGAACUUGAGCGUAUCCAACCCUCGCAGACUGAGUCCAUGACGCCUAAGGCCAAGCAUCCUGCAGUUUCGAGGAAACCUUCGCACCCAAAUUUGCCGUCCAAACCGCUGGAAGUCGUGACAGCUACCCCUGAUUUAUCGGCAUUGCCUUCCAAGGCUGACGUACCGCAUGAUGAACCGAAGGGAUUGAGUGCGUCCAUGCACGCGCCGAUCACGCAACCGGUUUCAGCACCCAGUCACAUUUCCAGCUAUGCGAAUGUGCCUCCACGAUCGCAUCCUAGCACCCCUCGCGGGAAGCCAUAUCAGUCCGGGAGAAACGCGACUCCAGGUCACCGUGGGCCAUACUCACCCCCCGCUACCUCUUCACGACCAACUAGUGCGUAUCAACCGCGACAUAACGGCAUGCAUCACAUUCGAGCUCGCUCGUCACCCGUUAAUUCCUCCACUGGCAUAGGCAAUGGCCGACACCCCCUACACAACAGACCAGUCAUCACUGUGGAUGCCAUUUCCAAACUGGUCAGGACCCUAGGUGGCAAGGGUGACACUUCACCUGCAUCUAAACCCACCCCCGUGGCAAAUGACUGAUUUCAGUG